CACUCCCUCAUCAAAACCUCUCUCUCUCUUAAUAACCCACUACACCGACAACAGAAGCCACUCACAGCCUUCAUCAUGGGUUUCACCGACUUCGUUUCCGAGACUGGCCUCACCCUCCUUGACAACUGGGUCAAGACUCGCUCAUACAUUGUUGGAUAUGGCCCUUCGAAAGCGGAUGUGAAGGUCUUCCAGUCCUUCAGCGAGCAGCCAAAGGUCGAGAACUUCCCUCACGCAUACCGCUGGUACAAGCACAUCUCCACCUUUGAGUCAGAGUUCUCGACUCUCCCUGGUGACCCAAGCAAGGCUGCUACUGCCUACGGUCCAGAGUCAUCCGAGCUCACUGUCAACCCCGCAAAGGCACCAGAGAAGGAAGAGGAGGAUGAUGACGAAGUCGACCUUUUCGGCUCGGACGACGAGGAGGAGGAUGCAGAGGCUGCCCGCAUUCGUGACGAGCGACUGGCGGAGUACAAGAAGAAGAAGGAGGGCAAGACAAAGCCAGCUGCCAAGUCUAUUGUCACACUGGAUGUAAAGCCAUGGGACGACGAGACCGACAUGAAGGCGCUUGAGGAGUCUGUGCGUGGCAUCGAACAGGAUGGUCUCGUGUGGGGAGGUGGCAAGCUCGUUGCUGUGGGCUUCGGCAUCAAGAAGCUUCAAAUCAACUGUGUCAUUGAGGAUGACAAGGUCUCUCUUGAACAGCUCCAGGAGACGAUUGAGGGCUUCGAUGACUACGUUCAGUCCUCCGAUGUUGCCGCCAUGCAGAAAUUGUAGAUGUGCUGGCUUCUGUCACCACUAAAUUUUCAUCGGGGACCUGGCCACGGCCAAAGCAAAAUAUGCAUGGCCUCUAAUGCGUGAUGUGUUAUGAGGCAAUAGAUACCCCAAAAAACCGCUUGAUCGCGAAGUCUGCGAUCAAAGACUACC